CCCCUCCUUCCGCAAACACGAGGUGCAGCUUCUCCAGCGAAGCUGCGGAGUCUGGGCGCUGGGGAGGCGGGGGGCGUCCCAGAGGGGACCCCGCCCCCUCCCCCGGCUGCGCGGCGCCCCGCACCCACGUGAGCUCACGGCCCGCGCGGAACCCAGCCGCUGCACAGCGCUUCCCGGCUCCGCGCGGUGCCUCCGCGGUCCGGUCCCCGCGCCAGCACUGUGCUGUCACUGGCGGGUCCCGGCUGCCCCAGCCGGGCGCUUCGCGGGGCUCCGGCUCUUGCAUCCCGACGCAGCGCGCAGGCCGAGGCGCGGGUAGGCCCACCCCGCCGCUCCGGACGCGGGCCCGGGCCCCUCUGUCCCCCGCAGAUAGACGAUGAGCAGCCACGGCAACAGCCUGUUUCUGCGGGAGAGUGGCCAGCGACUGGGCCGGCUGGGCUGGCUGCAGCGGCUGCAGGAGAGCUUGCAGCAGAGAGCGCUGCGCACGCGCCUGCGUCUGCAGACCAUGACCCGCGAGCACGUGCUGCGCUUCCUGCGCAGGAACGCCUUCAUCCUGCUGACAGUCAGCGCUGUGGUCAUUGGGGUCAGCCUGGCCUUUGCCCUGCGCCCGUACCAGCUCACCUAUCGCCAGAUCAAGUACUUCUCUUUCCCUGGAGAGCUUCUCAUGAGGAUGCUGCAAAUGCUGGUGCUGCCACUCAUUGUCUCCAGCCUGGUCACAGGUAUGGCGUCCCUGGAUAACAAGGCGACAGGGCGGAUGGGGAUGCGGGCAGCUGUGUACUACAUGGUGACUACAGUCAUUGCGGUCUUCAUCGGCAUCCUCAUGGUCACCAUAAUCCAUCCCGGGAAGGGCUCCAAGGAGGGGCUGCAUCGUGAGGGCCGGAUUGAGACCAUCCCUACAGCCGAUGCCUUCAUGGACCUGGUCAGAAAUAUGUUUCCACCCAACCUUGUGGAGGCCUGCUUCAAACAGUUCAAGACGCAGUACAGCACGAGGUUGGUAACCAGGACUGUUGUGAGGACAGAGAACGGAUCCGAGCAGAGCGCCUCCAUGCCUCCUCCAGCUUCAAUGGAGAAUGGAACCAGCAUCCUGGAAAAUGUCACGCGGGCUUUGGGCACCCUGCAGGAGGUGCUGACCUUUGAGGAGACGGUGCCUGUGUCUGGCUCGGCCAAUGGCAUCAAUGCCCUGGGCCUUGUGGUCUUCUCUGUGGCCUUUGGGCUGGUCAUUGGCGGCAUGAAACACAAGGGCCGAGUCCUGCGGGACUUCUUCGACAGCCUCAAUGAGGCUAUUAUGAGGCUGGUGGGCAUCAUUAUCUGGUAUGCACCUGUGGGCAUCCUGUUCCUGAUUGCUGGGAAGAUCCUAGAGAUGGAAGACAUGGCCGUCCUGGGGGGUCAGCUGGGCAUGUACACGCUGACCGUCAUUGUGGGCUUGUUCCUCCAUGCUGGUGGUGUCCUGCCUCUUAUCUACUUCCUCAUCACCCACCGGAACCCCUUCCCCUUCAUUGGGGGCAUGCUGCAGGCCCUCAUUACCGCCAUGGGCACGUCUUCCAGCUCCGCGACACUGCCCAUCACCUUCCGCUGCCUGGAGGAGGGCCUGGGGGUGGACCGCCGCAUCACCAGGUUCGUGCUGCCCGUGGGGGCCACUGUCAACAUGGAUGGCACUGCCCUCUACGAGGCUCUGGCCGCCAUUUUCAUCGCUCAAGUCAACAACUACGAGCUCAACCUGGGCCAGAUCACAACUAUCAGUAUCACAGCGACAGCAGCUAGUGUUGGGGCUGCUGGCAUCCCCCAGGCGGGUCUGGUCACGAUGGUCAUUGUGCUCACGUCGGUCGGCCUGCCUACUGAAGACAUCACGCUGAUCAUAGCUGUGGACUGGUUCCUUGACCGACUUCGCACAAUGACCAAUGUGCUGGGGGACUCCAUUGGAGCAGCAGUUAUUGAGCAUCUGUCUCAGCGGGAGCUGGAGCUACAGGAAGCUGAGCUCACCCUCCCCAGCCUGGGGAAGCCCUACAAGUCACUCAUGGCACAAGAGAAGGGACCGUCCAGGGGAAGGGGAGGCAACGAGAGUGCCAUGUAAGGGCGGUCCUGGGGAGGCCCCGUUGCCUGAAUGGCCGUGCACCGAACACACACGUUCUGUCUGGCAUGUUUGGGGGAAACUGAGAUAAAGGAGCAGGAAUGAAAGACUGUA